AUGAUCAUACCGGUUCUUACCACGAUGUUCACUCAUCUGGCAAGAAAUCACUUUGGAACUGAUGUUCUUCGUGAGUUUCUUUUCAUCGUUCCCUUCAUGUCGAAAAAAGUCACUGGUGAGCAACCAAAUGAAUGGACAAGAGAUGGGGAAGCCAAAAUGCGCGAGGUGUAUGCCUCGAAGCAAGAAAAAGCCCAACAAUGGACACGGAAAAACGUAUUCCGAGUCGAACAGACUCCCUCCAGUCCAGUGACCAAAAAGGAAUACCUGUUGGGAAUCCCCAACGUGCGGCCUUGCUUGGACGACAUCCAAGCAGCUGGUUACAAAAUCCUCGACUCUCUGUACAUGGUCACUGGGCUGGCGUCGACGGCCGCUCAAAGAAAGUCUAUUGGCUAUGAAACGGAUAAGCAUCGCCCUGGUCUUGGUCAGUGUCUGUCGGCAUUUGCGUCUUGUUUCCCGGUAGCGUUCCUGGAACCCGAAUAUAACAAAAACAACAAAUACUCCGUAUUGGCCAAAACGCAGGAUCAGUCUGUUCAAGUGCAAGAAAUGCUGCAGAAUCUCUCCACACACAUCCCUCACAUCGAAAAAUUGCUCACUGCUAUCGAACAGGUAUCCAGUAAUGGUAUUAUGUACAGUGAACAACCGAAUGUCUAUGAUGUGGAUUUACCGCUGAUGUGCUCGUACUUGGGAUAUUGGUUCAACCUAGGCCCGGAUGGCCGUAAAGCCGAGAAAACAGAAGAAAAGGAACACAGGCAAUCACUGCCGAUGACAUCCGUCGGUGCUGAGCAUAUCAACCGUGUCUUCUGUGCUCUUCUACGCAUGCUGAGAAACCAUAUUGGAGUUGAGAACGCCCCAUGGCUGUGUCGUACAAACUGUGGGUAA